GCGGGGCUAGCUUACUUCGAAUUUAGUUUGUCAGAGGGUGCGCACCACUCUGCACGCCAGUCACCCGUCAUCCACUAUUUAACUAGUUUGAAUAUUACGAACCCCUCAGAACAGUGGAAGUCUUUAGGGCGAUUUUUGCACUCGAACCGACUACGAAGUGGUAUUUAGUGUCAAGCGGUAAACAAAUGUGAGACCGAAGUUACUUGCUAGAGAUUACAAGGACAAUCUAUUGCAGUGGACAAAAUCAAUUAAGGGUGAAUAAAUCAAUGAACAGAUCAAAUAACCGGUACUACCAGCAGAAUCAACCAAAUUUACCAGAUACAGGAUCACAAUCUUCCACAAUGUCUUCCCAAAGGUUCUGCCUAAGAUGGAACAAUCAUCAAUCCAAUCUCCUAUCAGUAUUCGAUCAGCUUUUACAAGAUGAGAGUUUUGUUGAUGUUACACUGGCGGUGGACGGUCAGUUUAUUAGAGCACACAAGAUAGUACUGUCGGCAUGUAGCCCAUACUUUCAAUCUUUAUUCAUAAACCAUCAGGAGAAACACCCCAUAGUCAUUCUGAAAGAUGUCCCAUUAUCCGAUAUGAAAUCGUUACUCGAUUUCAUGUACAAAGGAGAAGUCAGUGUCGAUCAAGACCGUUUGACGGCUUUUUUGAGAGUCGCAGAAAAUUUGAGGAUAAAAGGUUUGACGGAAGUAAAUGAAGAAAAAUGUGAUAAUAUAGCUUCAUCCUUGACACAAAAUAAUUACUAUGUACCGAACUUGAAUAGGCUGCCUCAUGUUAAAAGAAUGGGAAGUAAUCUUAAUAUGUUGGGAAACGCUUUGUUACAACCGAAAAGGAAAAGAGGGAGACCUAGAAAAUUGUCUGGCAGUUCUAACCCCGGCGACGAAUAUAACGAUAGUUUAGUACAAGGCAGCCCCGAACACUUGGAAGUCAAAAUGGGUAUGGACGGAUUUGCGGAAAACAACUCAGAUUCAAGCAGUGGCAAAGUGGAGAAGGAUAACGACUAUGAGGACUCAAAGAUCAAAUCUGAACAAGAACCUGUUGCUGGAACAUCCAAAGAUGAGAGUAGAGAUGCUUCGAAAAGUCCAGAAAAUGAUUACCAGUCCUAUGAUUCCCCUAUUACGCAAAGUUUACUGACUCCAAAAAUAGAAGUUUCCGAGACAAUAUUACAGGAUCCCGAUGUGAAUCGCAACAGUGCAACGGAAAAUCUCAAUAAUACAAGUGCCAAUACGAGUCCUUCGACUAGCGGAAGAGCGACAUUGCUGAACGCGAUGAGCGCCCCAACUUCAAAACAACCUGUCAAAAGAAGGGUGAGGAGAAGGGCCAACUCGCAGAGUCAAGAUCCAGCUGAACAGUUAACAGAGAUGUCGGUUAGGGGUUUAAACUUGUUUCGGUAUGCCUCGAUAAACGAAGGAAUCUACCACUGUACAGAAUGCGCGAAAGUUGACAUUCAAAAAACAUUCAAAAACAAGUAUAGUUUCCAGAGGCAUGCUUUCUUAUAUCACGAAGGUCAUCAAAGGAAAGUGUUCCCAUGUCCCGUGUGCCAGAAGGAAUUCUCCAGGCCCGAUAAAAUGAAGAACCACAUGAAAACGGUCCACGAUUGCUUCAUGCCGAAAGAAGUGGUGUUCCCUCCCAUGGGCUACUUCCCCAUACCGUGAACACUGAUCCUUUGUGGUGAUAAUUGUAAAUAAGCGACACAAACAGGGCUGAAUAUGGUGCCAGAUGAAUCGAGAGAUUCAUUUACCCUUUCUGGUUGGAGUGAAUUUGUUUUGAAAGCAAUAUUUUUUUUGUGUUACAAAUUAACAGUUUAGGUAUAAGUCGGAUCGGAAUUGAAAACAUGUCUCUAUUUUCGGGAUUGAUUUCAUACUUGGUGCUAACUUUUUGUUAUCGAUUGAACUAAGUUUAACCUAUUGCAACAGAUGCCAGAUUGCUAUCGUUUUUUGAUCAUACAAGUAAGUAGAUUUGAAUUUUUCAAUUCAAUAUUUGAAAACGAACAUUCUGCGUAUGAUGUAAUAUUCACUAAAGUACAACAUGAAGCUAGAACUAGGUAAAUAUGAAAAUGUGAUUGACCUCAAAAAUAGGCUCUUGAAAGGUUAUUUGUUAAAAUAACCGAACAAACCUUUCGACUGCUCUGCAGUAAGAUCCCAUUUAAUGGGUUUAUAUAUACAUAUAUAUAUAUAUUUAUGAAUAUUUUAAUAUUAACGUACUAGUUUUUGUUUGUUAUAUAAAUUUUAUUUUAGUUUUCUGGUUUGGAUAGAGGUAGGGGUACUGCAAAUAUUUUUAGUUUUAAUUAUAUUACACCCAUUGUUCAUAACAAACUAUUAAUAAGUAUAUUUAGAGAAAUCAUACAUAUUUAAAAGUUGACUGCACCAGAAAUAGACAAUAACUAUGAAUAUAAAUAUUUAUAUUACAUAAACAAUUUAUAUAAGCCGUUUGAGCACAAUUUAAUAUUAGUUGAAAAUAAUGAGUAUAGGUGUCGGGACCGAAAAACAAUAUUUACAACUUUAUCGGGAGUUUAUAUGUACAUUUUUUUGCUCCCAUCUUAAAAUUUAUAUUUACAUUCUUUGAUUCACGUACUAAUAUUGCUUGUUAUAAUUUAAAUUUAUCUCUACUGUAUUCUUAUGCAUAUAAAAUUUUAUUUUCAAUGAAAUAUAUUACUUCAUUACUUCAAAUUUUCUCAGAAAUUUGCAAUAUUGAGCUUUAAAUACAUAGUUUUUAAUAUUUUUUGAAAUUGAUAUUUAUUUCAAAUUUAUAUUCAGAGUGCGUUUUCUCCUUUGUUUGAAAAUAUUUUCAGUUCAUUGUUGAUUAUUUCAUUUCGAUUAUUGUUAUGACUUUUCACUUUGCUUAAUUUUUUUUGGUUUGAUGUUGGUUACAUGAAACCAAAAAAAUUAAGGUGGAAGAAAUAAAUUUUUGGUGUUGUGUUCUCACUAUCUGUAAAACAAUCGAUUUCUAUUUUCAAUAUGAAAAUUGUGAAAAGUAACAGCAUAAUAUUUUUUUGAGAUAAAUUUGUUAUAUUUUGAAUUAUUCUAUUUAUGUUGGAAAAUUCAUCAUUUUUGAAUUGUUUCUUUUCUAUCUAAAAUUCUGAAAAAUUAAGAAUAUUAUUCUAUUUCUCCCAUGAGAAAUAAAGAUAGAAAGGUAUCUUUUAAUUAUAUAUUAUUUAAGGGCUAGAUUAUUAAAAUUGUUUCUGAAAUAUAAAAAUUUUCUUGAAAUUCAUGCUGUUACUAUUUGUAACUUCAUACUUCGUAACUACAAGAACUUACUUUGCAAUAGAUUAAACAACAGUGUGAUAGUUUUAUUUUUUUUUUUUUUAGUUUUUCGUUUGUUAGGCCAAGGCCAGUUAUCAAAGUUCUUCCUUGUAAGAUUGUUUAAGUAGCAAAUGUUGGUUACAAACAAUCUUCUAUAUAAAUUAUUUAAGUGCAAUUAAUAUAGAUUUUUAUAUUAUAUACUAACAUGUUAAUGUAUACAUAUAAUUCAGAAUAUAUCUCGCAAAUUUGGAAAUUUGCACGUUGUUAUUAGGUUCAGAUGAGGUGUUUUUCGACUGAUCAUAUUGCACAAAAACAUAUCCAAAGACUAAACGCAACAAUACAUAAGUUGUAUUUUAAUUCAAUUUGUAAAAACAUUUAAAUACAGAAUUGGGAUUUAUUUUUAGCAUGAAAUUUUCGGAAUUAUUUGUCUGAUAGAAUUUCUUUUGUCAAAUCGAAUAAAUUUUUUAAUUAUUUAAUUUUCAAAAUGUAUAUUUUAUCUGUAACUACUAUGAUCAGUCUUCAGCUUUGGAUAUGCCAGUAUCACUUUCCCAAUUAAUUGUUUUCAUUAUUGUCUUUUCUUUGUUACAUAAAAUAAUGAAUCGUCUGUAGAUUUAUUUAAUUUUAUAUGGUAACUGAGGUGUUUGGCGACAAUGAAUCAUUGAAAAAACAUGGAUAGCCCUAAUUUGUAAUUAAUGAAAUGCUUUAAUUUUCUUGCAUAUGUUAAACCAUUAUUUUGAAUAUAUUUCAUUUUGUUGAUAGUUUUUAUUUUAAUUUAAUGUUACAAGCGCAUAAGUGCCUAAUGUAUUAUAGUUUAACUGUAAAUUUUCUAUAAUUUCAGAAUUCUUAUAUAGAAACAAUUAUUUGUUUUAAUGUAAUUUUCUUUAUUAAUAAAUCUACCUCUGAAUUUAA